AUGGCAACCAUCACCGCGAACCAGAUCACUGUGCCGCCGAUGGUUUUAGAGCCUGUUGAUCCGACGCCACGGGAAAAAUCAGGAGUUACAGCGCUUUCGACAGGCGGCUACGAGUUUCCUGGAAUUCCAAGCAUAUCAGAUCCAUACAAGAAACGACAAUGGCAGCUCGAGCACAUGGCUGGUGCCUUUCGAGUUUUUGCCCGUAAGGGAUUUACGGAAGGAACCAGCGGUCACAUCAGUGUUAGAGACCCGGUGGACCCUACCACCUUCUGGAUCAACCCUACUUUGACUCACGUCCUCGACAGGCUCGGGAAGCACUUUGGCAUGCUUAAGGCUGUUGACAUGGUUCAGAUUGACGAGAACGGACAGGUAAUUGGGGGAAACAAAACAGCGGUCAACGCAGCAGGAUUCAUGAUCCAUAGUGCCAUUCACAAGGCUCGCCCAGAUAUACACGCAGCUUGUCACACGCAUUCGCCAGCGGGCAAGGCCUGGUCUACGUUUGGAAAACCGCUGGACAUCAUCAAUCAGGAUACCUGCAAUUUUUGGGGUACCCAAGCAGUGUACACGUCCUUUGGUGGCGUUGUUCUGGAUUCGGAAGAGAGUGAAAGGGUCGUGAAGGCCCUGGGAGCUACGGGCCGUGUGAUGGUUCUUCAAAAUCAUGGUCUGUUGACAACCGGAAGGACUGUGGAUGAGGCAGCGUAUCUUUUCACUCUAAUGGAGAAGUCCUGUGAGGUUCAGAUAAUGGUUGAGAGUACAGGUUUGCCCAAGAAUCUCAUUGGCGGCAAGGAAGCAGAGCUCACAGCCAAAGUUAACGCUGAUCCGGAGACACUGUACACCGAGUUCCAGCCCGAUUUCGAGUAUGAGAUCUGGAAGUCGCGGGGAGAACUUCAGAAAGGAGAAUGA